GACCUUUUUUGUGUAAAAAAUUAUACUGUACUUAUUGCAAGAAUAUCUAUCACUUAAAACAUCUACUAAGUUUUCACAAGAGUAAUUUUCGCAGUCGGGUCUCCGCGAGUGUAGCAGGCAGUCUUUCUGUUUUACCCUCGUGAUCGUCGUCCACUCCGCCUGUGCGAAGGCGGGCUCCUCUUAAAUAAAAGCCGGUGGUCCGGGUUCUUCUUCCUUAUUGGUCAGGUGGGGGUGUUACCUCGCGUGACGCGGAGUCUUGGCAUCCCUUCCUCGCUCGUCUCAGUGAGGUUCUUGCUUGGGAGUCUUGCAGUCUGUCAGUAAGACGACUUGAGUGUGGAAAGUGGCGGACGGGCCGGUGCGCGUACGGUGCCCCGACACCGGUCAUCCUACGGAGGAGGCAAGCUCACUCUCUCUCUCUCUCUCUCUCUCUCUCUCUCUCUCUCUCUCUCUCUCUCUCUCUCUCUCUCAAGCUGUCCCUCUCACGAGCGUCUUCCGUGAUCCACCGUGGGCGCACACGCCUCACACACCUCCCGCGUCCGUCCCGAAGAGCUCGCAAACUCUUGUCACAUUGUCACAGCGUCGGCGCAGUCGAUCUCCGGCUCCAACUUACUCGUCCACGGCGUGUUUUCGGGCCCGAGCCCACUCCGAGAACAACCAAUUUCAGUGCCUUUGCGAGGCCCCUUGGUAAUGCUCAGUGUAGCUGCUCUGCGUGAUGCCUGAUCAUGACAGCGCCGCACUCCUAACCAGACAGACCAAGCGCCGACGAGUGGACAUCGGUGUGAAACGGACCGUGGGUAGUGUCACCGGGAUCCUCCUCGACAACAUGAACCAAUCCCAUAGCCCUGAUCAGGAUGGAGAUUGCUCGCUCAUUGGUCGAGGGCACGGUGGUAGCCACGGCGAUGGGGAGAAAUCCAAUGUUCUGAGGAAGUUAUUGAAGAGGGCCAACUCAUACGAGGAUGCCAUGAUGCCUUUCACCGGGGCAACCAUCAUCUCACAGCUUCUGAAGAACAAUAUGGGGAAGAAUGGAGGGAGUGACUCCGGCUUUCAGGGCAGUGGAGCUCUAUCCAGUGGUGGCUCCGAGAUCCAGGCUGAGGAUGCCUGCAGCAAUUCCUCCUCUCAGGACCGGGACAGCCCGUCCAACUGCCUUUCACCGGGACCUCUCCCUUCGGCCCCGCCGUCAUUCGGACGACCGCUACCUCCUUCCAACCUCAGCUCCCACGCUCAGCCACUGUCCCUCUCCACGUUUGACUUAGACAGGCUGUCGGACGAGCACCUUCGGGCCAAGCGGGCUCGGGUAGAAAACAUCAUUCGCGGCAUGAGUCACUCACCACUGGUCCGACCCAGCACCGGCGACCACAGCCAGGAAAGCAACCGCGACAACGCUAACGAGCACAGAGAGGACAGCAGUAGUCACGGCCACAGACGAAGCGACUGCGCCUCUUCCCUCCUCAGCUCUCCCGCUUCGAGGGCAGCGGGGGUCAUCGCUGGCGAGGCGUACCGGGAAAACAAGAGGAAACAGCGCCUGCCUCAACAGCAACAUAGCUUUGCACAGCUGGUGUGUUCCAGGCAGGAGCAGCGGCAGGAGGAGAGGCGACAGCUCAAACUGCAGCUGGAAGACAUGCAGAAGCAACUGCGCCAACUUCAGGAGAAAUUCUACCAGAUCUACGACUCCGAGACAGAGGAGGAGGAGGAGGAAAACCGCGAGGGUGCCGAGGUGGAACGAGGCGGGGAGAGGGAUGAGGAUGGUAACCUGUCUGAGGACAGUAUCCGCUCCGAUGGCCUAGAGGAGAGGCACAGGGACAGAGGGCGGCGGCGCCAUGACGACCUGUCAGAGCUGGACCCGGGCCUGUUCCUGGACCGGGCCCGAGCCCUACUGCGACAACAGGCCUUGAUGGAUCGAGAGAUGGAGGACGAUGUGGUGGGGAGGGCUGUGGCGGAGGGUGACGAGAGGAACGGAGAGAGGAUGAUGAAGCGGCAAGGGGGGAGGCAGUUAGCGGAAACACUGAAGCAGGAGCUCAACUCUGCCGUCUCGCAGGUUGUCGACACGGUUGUCAAAGGCUUCUCAUCACCCAAGCAGGCCGUCAGCCACCAUCACGGUUGCCACAGCACGCCGGCUGCCCCUUCCUCAUCUUCCAACUCAUCCUCUUCGGGUCCCCUGCCCUUUGGCCCGCUCCCUUCUCUCACCCCGGACCCUCGUUUCGGCGGUGGUGCCUUUGCCCUCAGUCUUCACGGUGAAGGCAGCCCCACCUCCAACUACCACACCUCCAAUCAAAGACUCCACUGCUUCGGCGACAUAAUAGUGCCGAGCCCACUGGACUCGUUCAAUGGUCUGAACGGCAGGCUCAGCGGGGUGCCGACGCCCAACGAUCAAACGGAGGCGCUGCCGCUGGUGGUGCGCAAGAGCGGUGGGAGCAGUGUCAGCGGUGAAGAGAACGGUCCCCCAUCUCUUCCUCCUCCUCCACCACAGCCUCCUCACCACCCCUCCCUCCACCCCUCGCCUCUCACAGCCACUCUUGGGUUCAGCCCUCCAUCUUUCCGCCACCCAUUCCCCCUCCCACUCAUGGGCUACCCCUUUCACAGCCCUCUGGGAUCGCACGGCGGAGGCACAGGCUAUACCCCGGGGCCAAAGGACCACAACCACAUCCACUCCUCCCCAGAUUGCAUGGACAUGACCCGUGAAACUGUAAGCCUGAGAACCAAAAUGGCCACGCUCGGAGGAGGGCACCUUGGUCACCACCCCAACAGGCAGAGCCCCCCGGGUCAACACGGGCCCGAAGGUUUGUCUCUGUCUCUCAUCAAGUCAGAAUGCGGCGACCUGGCAGAUAUGGCCGACAUCUCACCAUACUCAAGCAGCACUAUCCAAGAGGGUUUGUCUCCCAAUCACCUGAAGAAGGCCAAGCUCAUGUUCUUCUACACUCGCUAUCCGUCCUCUAACAUGCUAAAAAUCUUCUUCUCUGACGUCAAGUUCAACCGCUGCAUCACGUCUCAGCUGAUCAAGUGGUUCAGCAAUUUCCGAGAGUUCUACUACAUCCAGAUGGAGAAGUAUGCCCGGCAGGCUAUCAAUGAGGGUGUGACUGGUGUCGAAGAGCUGGCGGUGGGCCGUGACGCCGAACUCUUCAGGGCGCUUAACAUGCACUACAACAAAGCCAACGACUUUGAGGUGCCGGAUCGAUUCCUCGAGGUGGCCCAGGUGACCCUUCGUGAGUUCUUCAACGCCAUUGUGGCUGGCAAAGAUGCGGACCCGUCAUGGAAAAAAGCGAUCUACAAGGUGAUCUGCAAGCUGGACAGCGAAGUCCCUGAGACCUUCAAGUCCCCAAACUGUCUGCAGGAACUGCUGCAUGACUGACAAGGAGGAGGAAGGCAGCAAGCCCGGCCAGUGAAAAUGUGAAACUAAACAUGUUGUUUGAAGGUGUGGUUCGAUGAACCUCGUGACGGAUGUUGAGAUGCGAAGAAGUUCGUCGUGGACAAAGACAACAUUCUUCCCGACGGUCGCAAGAAACAAAUGCACUUAAAGAUGUUCUUCUUCCUGGGCCGUCCAAUGCAUGUUCUUCAUCUUAUUGCGGACAGUGAAUGGAACCAACUAGAAAUAAAGAAGAUAAUAUAUACAUAUGAAGAUCUUUUUAUUGUGGAUGUUUUUAACUGUCAUGGACAUUUAUGAGGGAGGUGGGGGGGAAAAGUGAUGUUUCUGUAUUUUUGCUUUCCUCCUUUGUGCAAACUUACACAGUCUCACAUGCACGCCAACGCACACUUCCCGAUUAGUAAAGCUCGGUAGCAUUCCCGCAAAGCUGUUUCUUUCCCUCCUAUGUUUACAACCGGUUUGUCUCAUUCAGUGUGGCAAGACUUGAUGGCUGUUUGUUUUGAAAGUAUGGCACGUGUCGUCGUCAAGCACCACUGAGUUUAACAUUAGGAAGCCUAUUGUACUUUUUUGUGUGUUUGCAGCUUCAUUUGACAAAUGUUCAUUCCAAAUAUUAACAUUGGAAUAU